GCUUAUCGCCCGGGUUGACUCGCGGAUAAGAGUUUCGUGCAAUCGUAGGUACCUCGGAGCUUUGACCCCAGUCAUGACGUGACAUGAUAGGAAAUGAGUAAGAGGAAACGCGAUCCCCGCCGUACGUCCUCUCUGCAAAGCAUCUGCAGAACCACAUUUGCCCAUCUUGGCCUGGGUUGAUAUUCAUGUGCAACGUUCACUAAACGGGAUAACCGCUCGCUACCAAGACUCACUUGGUCACGUCGACCCUGAGCCUGCGCAGGAACAAUGGAAGAGAAACAUCGUCUGGCAGCCGAUGAGGCAUGCGGGGAGGCUGCGUUGACCCCUCGCAAAAGCUCGUCUCCGGCAAAGAGGGCAGUUGUCGCGUGCUUUGCGCUAUGGCUGCUGUCUCUAACUUUCACCUAUCAUCCCGUGAGGUCAUGCUACCAUCAAAUGAGGAAGCCAUCGGGAGCAUCCCGUACCUUCGAGCAGAGAGCUCGCAGCAUCUUGUCCCAUACGCCGCUGAUCGACGGCCAUAAUGAUCUUGCAAUUCUCGUACGGUUUGACUUCAAUAAUCACAUCUACGGGAAGAACUUCACCGAGCCCUUUGAGAACGGCGGCUUUAUGCAGCAUGUUGAUCUGCCCAGGCUUCGUGAGGGGCAGAACGGGGGGGCAUUCUGGAGCGUUUUCGUUCCAUGCCCGGAUAAUGGCAGUGACUUUUCCGAUGCAAACUACGCCGAAAGUGUCCAAUGGACUCUUCAACAGAUCGAUGUUAUGACUCGCAUCAAGGAGGCCUAUCCCAAGGACUUCUCUCCCAACCUGGACAGCGAUGCUGCUCUGGCGGCCUUCCAUCAGGGCCAGCUGAUAUCCCCCCUGGGAGUCGAGGGACUGCACCAGAUCGGCAACUCGGUCGCCAACCUCCGACGUUACCAUGCCAUGGGCGUCCGCUACUCGACUCUCACCCACAACUGUCACAACAAGUUCGCCGACGCCGCGCUUCUCGAGAGCCCUCUACGCAAGGCCGAGCCCCUAUGGCAUGGUGUUAGCCCAGCGGGCCGUCGCCUCAUCCACGAGAUGAACCGAGUCGGUCUUAUUGUUGAUCUCUCACACACGAGCGAGGAGACACAGAUUGAUGUUCUCGGAGGCAAGGACUGGGAGGGCAGCAAGGCGCCCGUCAUCUUCUCCCACAGCUCCGCCUUUAGCGUGUGCCCGCACCCACGCAACGUCAAGGACAACGUGCUCCAGCUCGUCAAACAGCGCAACGCUGUCGUCAUGGUUAACUUCGCCCCCGAGUUCAUUACGUGCGUCGAGUCCGGCAACGCCAACGGUCUGCCGACCUACUUCCCCGGCAACGCCACGCUCGCCCAGGUUGCCCGGCACGUGCUACACAUUGGUAACCUCAUCGGCUUCGACCACGUCGGCUUCGGCUCAGACUUUGAUGGCAUUGAGUCGGUGCCCAAGGGAUUGGAGGACGUGUCCAAGUACCCAGACCUCGUCGCCGAGUUGCUGAGGCAGGGUUUGAGCGAUGAGGAUGCGGCCAAGGUCGUUGGCGGAAACGUUCUUCGCGUCUGGAAGGAGGUUGACGCAGUUGCGGCUAAGUUGCAGAAGGAGGGCGAGCUUCCUCUCGAGGAUGAUCUGCCCAGCUUUAUUUAGUUCAGUCACUGGAGACUUGCUUUUGCGGCAGAGAAGCACAAAUGUGACAGCACUUGGCUAUUUCAGCCUAGCAAAACAUCGUUGAUCGCCACCUUUGUGGCAGUACAAGUGGUAUAGUUAUAUCAU